AUGGAUGUUGAUGUGCUUGUCAUAGGCGCUGGCCCUGUAGGACUGAUGCUCGCAAGUGAAGUUGGUAGAUAUGGGCUGAGCUUUCGAAUUGUUGAACAAGCUCUGGAUGCCAAUGAGCUCAGCAAGGCUUUUGGUAUUUCUGCUAGAAGCAUGGAUAUUCUCGCAAGUCGUGGUCUAGCUGAUGAAAUCCUACGAAAAUCAAACAAAAUCCACAGGAUCGCCAUGAAGGAGGGCAAAAACACUUUAUUCUCCAUGUCCGCUGUCUCACAACCAGGAGAAGACCACAAGACACGCUUCCCUUACAUGACCGUCCUGCCACAGUCUGAUAUUGAAGCUACUCUGGCCAAAGAACUUGAUCGUCAAAUGGGCCGACCUGUUCUCGAACGAGGUAUAUCUCUAGACUCCUAUAUUGAUACUCCUGAAGGUAUUACAGCUACUUUGAUCAAGACCGAUCGCAGUGGCAAUGAAGUCGAACGUCAAGUCUGUAAAGCCAAAUAUAUAGUUGGGUGCGAUGGUGUCCAUAGUAGAGUCAGGCACGGCGUCAAAGGAUGGGAUUUUGUUGGGCAGACGCUUGGAAUCACUUGGGGUUUGGGUGAUAUCUUGCUCUCUCGAGGCAACGAGCAAGUUGAAGCCCUGUCCCUAUUCUUCCAUCCCAAAGGAGAUCUCUUUACUGCCAGAUUCCCAAACUCGAACCGUGUCCGUGUCAUCUACAAUGUCGAUAAAUACUCGCUGGAAAAGAAUGCAAAAGCUACGACUCAUGGGGUAGUAGGCCUUGUCUCUCAUCAGAAGGGCAAAAACGCAUAUGAAGAAUCAGUCAAGGCCACAGGUUUUACUAUAGAUGAUUUACGUAAGGGUGUCGAGGAGAGAACAUAUGGUGCCUUAUCAGUUGAUACCAAUAUUGAUGCCGAUACUUGGGUCACCACCUUUAAAGUCAAUGAACGAAUCGCAAAUGGUUACAGACGAGGACAUGCUUUUGUUGCAGGGGAUGCUGCACAUUGUCAUAGUCCUUUUGGUGGGAGAGGAUUGAAUACAGGAAUUCAAGACGCACAUAAUCUUGCAUUCAAAUUGAAUUUGAGCAUCAAAGGAUUGAGCAAUUCAGCUGAAGCCGUACUAGACUCGUACAGUAUUGAACGGCUUCCAGUCGGCCAGCAAACUCUCGCCCUCAGUAGUGGAAUGUUACAAGUAGCAACCAAUGCUGUGGCAAAUAACCCUAUCGGACGUGGCUUUGUGUCGUUGUUUUUUGAAUACGUCUUCCCAUUUGUUGCUUCCAACAGCAGGUUUCAAGACAAUGCUCGGCAUUUUAUCAGGCAAUUGGAUAUCAACUACACUGCUACUAUACCCAAAAGUAUUCUGUUACGUAAAGUAGAACCAAGGAUUGAAGCUACAAAAGGUUCACUCGCGAGAGUUGGUGAAUACUGCCCAGAUUCCCAUCUCAUGAAUGAACGUCUACCAUUAUCGUCAUCAUUACGACAAACGACAUUACAUAGGUUGCUCAGUCAAACCACUAAAUUUACGUUGGUAUUGUUGACUGCAACCGACGUGGCAGACCCAUCCAAAAACCCGAUAUUAUCCGACUUUUAUAAACUCGUAUCGAAGUACUCCAGCACUGUUACUGGUCUGCAACUAUCCAAGUUUGAACUGGUGUCAUCAGCUUCAAACGUCCCUCAACAUAUAUUACUCGCAUCUGAACUUGGAGCUGCUUGUAUGCCACUCUUUGGAGCAUCCACCAACCCUGUAUUGGUCCUGAUCAGGCCUGACCUAUAUGUCGGAAUGAUGGCGUAUGCUGACUCCAUGCCACAAGUGGAAAAGUAUCUUACAGAUCUAUUUGGAUCUAAUGGUGCAAGCAACAGCAAAUUGUAG